UCUUCUGAAACAUAUGGUUUCGUUUUGAUGUUAUAUACGAUUUUAGUAGAUCUUUAUUCACGUUUAACCAAACAGUUAAUAUGACGUUAUAUACUUUUGGACCAUUGGCCUACGCCGAAUGCCUUAAAAUGGUGACUAGCAUAAGCAAGAGUGUGAAAAAAAUUUUCAUCUUUUACACUGCACAAGAGCAAAACUCACGUGGGAAUAUUUACAACAAUUGCAAAGAUGCCCUUUCCACAAUUCAAGACUAUUUCGACGGAGUAUCUUUUCCUUGCAACUGCGCUUUCAUCAAAGUCUGGUACGACGAACGGGAUCACAUAGAAUUUCCCAAUCUUACCGUUGACGUAGAGAACCCCUCGCGCCUGCCGGUCUUCAAGAUGUGGUCUUCGAACCGAAAGAUCGAAGGUGUCGAAUGCCUGAACGCUGUCAAACUCAACACCUAUUUGAUAAAUGAAGGCUUCCAAUGCAAGCCAAAACAAGAGCCAUUAGAACGUCCAAGAAUGAUAAUGCAGUCGUUCGGUUGUAACAACUCUUCAUCAUCCGGGGACGAUAUCGGAUCGGUAUUUUCUUGGAAUUAAAACAUACUGACUUUUCGAAAGGUGUUAAUAUAAAUUACACGGGGACAAAAAUAAAACGGCAAGUACUACUGCGUCCCAAGUAAUAAUUUUCGAAUCAUUUCAUCCACCUGUUUAUUGUCAGUAUAAUAUACCAUGAACAGUAUGUUUUCUCUUCAUUACUUUAAACAGUAAGGGUCAUAAAUUAAAAUUUUUAUUACGAAA